AUGUACUGCACGACGCUCGGAAGAUGCUUUUGCAGGAGAGAUGCGGUGAGAGCCCUGAGCACCGGCGAGGUAUCCACCGCAUUGCGGCCCUUUUACUUCACCGUUCAUCCCGACCUGUUCGGCCAGUAUCCCACGCAAAGGACAGUGAAUGAAAACUCUCUGAAGCAAUUAAGUUCAAUCUUGGAGACUCUGCAACAGAAGCGGCCUAUACGGCCGACCAUCUUGCCCUUUUAUUUACGAUCGAAAGACGAGAAAGACGUGAAGGCUGGUAAAUUCACGCUCGUUAAAAUACAGUUGAAAGAAAAGGAUUUGAAGCAAGCGAUACUGUCUAUUUUGAAAACAUGCGAUUUACCUACGACGUUCGUCGACAAAAUCGAGGAGCCUCCUGUUGCAAAGCACAAAUCCAGAUUUUGGCAACGCGCACAUUCUGGAGAAAGGAUAGACUUUUCAGAAUUAGAGGACGAUCCUAUUUACGCGUCGAUUAUUAUGAAACGCAAAAUUAAUACAGAGCCAGAUACAUUGAAGGCGUAUCUCGACAAACACAUCAAUGAAGUACAUGUUAAACUAGAGGCAUGUAGACCGAUGAGAGAGGAGGUUGAGAAACUGGAGAAAGUACUAUGCAGCGAAUUGGGUUUGAAGGAUAUCAUAUGGGACUGUGGUUGGAAUAUCGCUCAUUAUCGCGGUUGUUUAUUGGCCUUUCAAGCAUUAGCUGAGCAUCAUCCGGAAUCAAUGGAGGUACUGAGGAAUCGCACUCUCGUAUUCGCAAACGACACUGGUAUCAGUUUAGAGGGCAAUGUUAUGCUAAAUUCCGGGGAAGUCAGGCACAAUUGGCUCGAUCUAAUAAAAAAUGUAAGAAAACACGAUGCCGUGUUGUUAAAAUUGCCAGCGUUUGAGAAGGCAGUGUCCCAAGUGCUCCUGGAUAUUAAAGUCGGUCGACGGGUGCUCUAUAUGUGCAGGAAAUUCAUGCCUAAGGUAAUGGUCGGUCAGUAUGAGCAACAACUGCGGCAACUCACGACCACGCUCUCGGAUUAUCGUGGAAAAAGAAAAUAUCCGAGUUCUUGGCCGGCCAAUCUGUCGGCUUACGAAAUUGUCAUCGAAGCCGAAGCAGGUCCUUUAAUGUUAUCGCCGACAGGACAAUUCAUUGUGCCAUCGUCAUGUCCAAGCUUUCUCUUGGUGAAUUUUAUUACGGAAAACUUGGAAGAAGCGACAAAGAGACUAUAUCACUAUAAUAACAUAAAACAUGUAGAGCGAGAACUUCAUCGUAAGACCAUCAAGGAAUUAGGCUUAGCUGCUCUUAACAAGGAUGACAGCAUUACUCCUGAUCUAAUGAUCCAAUGCUGCGAACGCCUACUUCUGCAUAAAAAGGAUUUAGCGCCGUCGCUCGAGGGCGUCAUGCUUUGGGUUACUCAUUAUUAUUCCGUUAUGAGCGACGGUGUUCUUUGUGUGCCAUGGGAUUGGAAAUUCUAACUUUUG